UCGAGACACACACACACACACACUCAAGCGUUUCUAUGAGCUCUUUGUGUGGGGUUGAGGUAUGCAGUGAAAGUGUGUGUGUGUGUCUUUGAGUUUGUUCUACCAGCACCUAGCGGAUUGCUUUAGGUUUACCUGUGAAAAAUUGGAAGAAAACACAUACGAAAAGAGAAGACAGAAGUGCGUAAAAACAAGAACAUCAUAAAUCUGCCUUGUGUUUGGAGUCUGAAAAGGGAAAAGAAGGGCAAUGCUUAGUGAGUGGUUUUGGUGGGAUCGGCUUUGGUUACCGAAGCCUGUAACGUGGGCGGACCUACAGGAUGGUGAGGGGCGUGUCUAUGCCCGUGUAUCCCACUUGUACAUUAUUAUACCUGUAGCAGUACUGCUGCUUGGCUUAAGAGCAUUAUAUGAAAGGUUAAUCGCUGUGCCACUCGCUCAUGCCCUUGGGGUUAAAGACAAAGUUCGCUUGAGAGCAUCACACAACCCAGUGCUGGAAAAAUACUACAACACACACUCUAAGCAUCCAACACAGGAAGAUAUAAAAGGUGUGUGUAAAAAGCUAGGCUGGUCAGAAAGGCAGGUGGAACGCUGGUUCCGCAGAAGAAGGAACCAAGACAGACCCAGAGUCCAGAAGAAAUUUAAAGAAGCCAGUUGGCGGUUUGCAUUUUAUCUGUUGUCAUCGAUUGGAGGCGUACUGGCUCUUCACGAUAAACCUUGGUUUUACGACCUACGAGAAGUGUGGGCAGGAUAUCCAAAACAAUCGCUGCUGGAUUCUCAGUACUGGUAUUACAUCAUUGAGAUGAGUUUUUAUGGAUCUUUACUAUUCAGUGUGGCUGCAGACAUAAAACGUAAGGACUUUAAGGAGCAGUUGGUCCAUCACUGGGCGACUUUAACUCUACUGUGCUUCUCCUGGUGUGCCAACUACAUCCGCAUUGGCACGCUGGUCAUGCUCGUGCACGACACAUCUGAUGUCUUACUUGAGUGUGCCAAGAUGUUCAACUACGCCGGAUGGGAGAUUACCUGCAACAGUGUCUUUGUGGUUUUUGCUCUGGUCUUUAUGGUAACCAGACUCAUCAUCUUUCCAUUCUGGCUGAUUCACUGUACGUGGGUGUCUCCUCUGGACCAGUUUGAACCCUUUUUCGGAUAUUAUUUUUUUAACGUAAUGCUGGUGGUGCUGCUGUUAUUGCACGUGUUUUGGGCCUCUCUGAUUCUUCGCAUGGUCAAAAAGUUCCUCUUCGGAAAUCUAAAGGGUGAUGAGAGAAGUGAUGAGGAAGAGGAUGAGGAGGGCUCUGAGGAACAACACACACACACGCAUUCUAAUGGAUCUGUGACAAGAUUAUCCAAUGGUCAUUGACAC